AUGCCUCGAGGUCAGAAGAGUAAGCUCCAUGCCUGGGAGAAACGCCACCAGGCCAGAGGUGAGGCUCAGGCUUAUGGAGGUGCAUGGGAAACAACAGAGGAAACACCAGAGGCAGAAGGAGAGUCCUCUGCUGCUUACCAUAGCCAGCCUGGGGCUGAGUCUUCCAGUACUCCCAAGGCUGGGACCCAGAAAGCAACACCAUCUGCCUCAACUCCUCUGAGUAUUUCUUCCUCUGAAUCAGAUGAGAGUUCCAGUGAGGAAAGUGAUAAAUAUGAGGAAAGGGAAUGCCCCUUUGAAGACAAGCCCUGCACCAUCGUUCUGCACCGUGAUCUGAUAGCCAGAAAGGUGGUGCUGCUCUUACAAUACCUGCUCCACAACUACAAUUUGAAGCAGCUUACUACCAAGGAAGAAAUGCUGAAGGUUAUCACAAAGAAGUAUGAGAAAGACUUCCCUGAGAUCCUCAGGAAAGCCUCUGAGAAGCUCGACGAAAUCUUUGCUGUGGAAGUGAGGGAAGUCAACUCCAGUGAGCCCUCAUACAACCUCAUCAGCAAGCUGAAGCUCCCUAACAAUGGGAGGAUUCGUGCUGGCAAAGGGUUACCAAAGACUGGUUUCCUUAUGAGUGUUCUGGGUAUCAUCUACAUUAGAGGCAAUUGUGCCAGUGAGGAAGACAUCUGGGAAAUCCUGAAGAAGAAGCAAAUCUAUCCAGGGAAGAAGCACCGCAUCUUUGGUGAGCCCCGUAAGCUCAUGACCCAGUAUUUAGUGAAGCUGAAGUACCUGGAAUACCGGCAGGUGGCUGACAGUGAUCCUCCACGCUAUGAGUUUCUGUGGGGUCCCCAAGCCCAUGCUGAAAUAAGCAAGAUGAAAGUCCUGGAGUUCUUGGCCAAGAUAAACAAAACAACACCGAGUGCCAUCUCUGCCCUUUACGAAGAGGCUGUGAAGGAAGAGCAGGAAGGAGCAGAGGCCAGAGAUGAAGAUGAUUCUGAUGCCACUGACCAAGCUGGUAAAGAUUCUCCAGUAAAAUCACCAGCAAAUUCUACCAUUCCUGAUGAUGCUUGA